AUGCCCUUCUACGAAAUCUACCACCACUGCCCCCUCAGCAUAUCCCAGCAAGACGAGCUCGCCGCCGCCAUCACCGACAUCCACGCGCAUAAAUUCGGCGCCCUCAAGAACUUCGUCAACGUCUCCUUCAAAGACAUCUCCACCGCCCCACGCUACAUCGCCGGCAAACGCCAGACCUCGAACCAGAUCUUCGCUUGGGUCCGCACCGGCCCCUCACGCACGCAAGAAGACUGGAACGACCUCAUCGAGCAAGUGACGAAGGCAUGGGAUAAUAUCUGCGGUACGCCGCUACCGCAGGCAAAAGGCAGGACGACGCCUGAUACGAGUUUGAGGAUGGUUGCUGUGAUGGGAGGGCUAGUGGCGGCGAUGGAAGCGGGGUUCGUGAUUCCGCAGGCUGGAGGGGAUGCGCAGUGGAUGAGGGAUAACUGGGAGGCGUUUAAGCAAAGAGCGGAUGCGGGGGAGCAGGAGUUUGUGGAUAUGGUGAAGGAUGCGCAGGAUAGGGGGUUGGUGGAGGGGCAAGGAGACGCGGACAAGAGGGCGCAGCAGAGGUUGGAGGAGAUGCUGGGGUGGGGAGACAGUGCUUGA